AGAAGCCAUAAGCCAUGCAAAGCCCGUUCCGCGACUGUCCCAACUCCAGCAGAGGAUAACGUUUUCCAUUAGUCAGCUGAAAAGUUGGCCACUUGUUUGCAAGUUGGACAACCGGCUGAUUUCCGCUUCCUUCGCUUAUGCUAGCCAGUGGAGUGAAGAUGGCGGCGGCCGAGGCGGAUCGAGAAGUACCGUCCGCUUUAUGUAGCGAAAUUAGCGAAUUUCUGAAUUUCUCUGCCAAGGACACAGCAGCGACAUGGCUGCAAGUGAGCGACCUGCCGCGGGAGGUGUAUCAGCACCUGGCCCGUUACGUGCCCCAGAUCUACUGCAAGGGCCCCAACCUGAACCCCAAGAGCGAGGAGCUGCUGGCCCAGCUGCUGCUGCAGUCCCCGCUGGAGUGGUACCUGUGUGGGGAGGAUCCCGCCACGGGCCUGACCAAGCUGGAGCAGAACAACCAGCCCUCACAGCUCUGCGGACACGUCUUCAAAGUCGGGGAGCCCACCUACUCGUGCAGGGACUGUGCUGCUGACCCCACGUGUGUGUUGUGUAUGCAGUGUUUCCUGGGAAGCGUGCAUAAAGACCAUCGCUACAGGAUGACAACCUCCGGCGGUGGUGGCUUCUGUGACUGUGGGGAUGCAGAAGCUUGGAAAGAGGGCCCUUACUGUCAGAAACACGAGCCCAGCAUCAGUGACAGCUCACAGGAGGACCCCCUGGCGCACCUGUCAGCUGACAUGAUAGCGCGCACCUAUAACGUGUUCUCCAUCAUCCUGAAGUACGCUGUGGACAUGCUCACCUGGGAGAAGGAGGACGAGCUGCCUCAGGGCCUCGAACCACCUGAGCGGGCAGAUACGUACUACUGCAUGCUGUUCAAUGACGAAGUGCACACGUAUGAGCAGGUCAUCUACACGCUGCAGAAGGCCAUCAACUGCUCCCAGAAGGAGGCCGUCAGCUUCGCCACCACUGUCGACAGAGACGGGAGGAAAUCUGUGCGCUUUGGGGACUUCCAGUUCUGCGAGCAGGCCAAGUCUGUCAUCGUGAGGAAUACGAGUCGUCAGUCAAAGCCUCUGAGGGUGCAGGUGAUGCACUCCUCUGUGGUGGCCCAUCAGUGUUUUGCCCUCAAAGCCCUCAACUGGAUCGGGCAUGUCAUCAGGCACUCAGAUGCCCUGCGGCGUAUCCUGUGUCAGGUGGGCCUCCAGAAAGGUCCGGAAGGGGAGAACUCCCUGGUGGACACUCUCAUGCUCUACGACUCCAAGAUGUGGAAAGGUGCCAGGAAUGUGUACCACCAGUUGUUGAUGAGCAGCCUCCUGAUGGAUCUGAAGUAUAAGAAGCUGUUUGCCAUCCAGUUUGCCAAGAAAUACCGGCGCCUCCAGACAGAUUUUAUGGAGGACGACCACGAGAGAAUAGUCUCAAUCGUCUCACUGUCAGUGCAGCUCUUCACCGUCCCCACCAUGAGCUAUGAGCGCUUGCAGAGCGACUAUGUGAGAGACGACCAUGACAAGGAGUUCUCGGUCACAGAUCUCUCCGUGCAAAUGUUCACUGUGCCCUCGCUGGCGCGCAUGCUGAUUACGGAGGAGAACCUGAUGACGACCAUCAUUCGCACGUUUGCGGACCACCUGCGGCACCGCGACCUGCAGGGCCGCUUCCAGUUCGAGCGCUACACGGCCCAGCAGGCCUUCAAGUUCCGCCGCGUGCAGAGCCUCAUUGGAGACCUCAAGUAUGUCCUAAUAAGCCGGCCCACUGAGUGGUCCGACAAGCUCAGGGAGAAGUUUCUGGAAGGACUGGAGGCGUUCCUCGACCUGCUCAAGUGCAUGCAGGGUAUGGACCCGGUGGUGAGGCAGGUGGGCCAGCACAUAGAGAUGGAGCCGGAGUGGGAGGCGGCCUUCACCCUGCAGAUGAAGCUCACACACAUCAUAUCAAUGAUCCAGGAGUGGUGCGCCACUGAUGAGCGUGUGCUGAUCGAGGCGUACAGGAAGUGCCUUUCCAUCCUGACCCACUGCCACAGCGGCUUCACGGACGGAGAACAGCCCAUCACACUGAGCAUGUGCGGACACUCGGUCGACACCAUCCGCUACUGCGUCAGCCAGGAGAAAGUCAGCAUACACCUGCCUGUCUCCCGACUGCUCGCAGGUUUACAUGUCCUGCUCAGCAAAACAGAAGUGGCGUAUCGCUUUCCCGAGCAACUGCCCCUGAGUGAGCUGAGCCCCCCCAUGCUGAUAGAGCACCCUCUCCGCGCCCUCGUGCUCUGUGCACAGGUACACGCUGGGAUGUGGAGGAGAAACGGCUUCUCAUUGGUCAAUCAGAUCUACUACUACCACAAUGUGAAAUGCCGGGUGGAGAUGUUCGACAAAGACCUCAUGAUGUUACAAGCCGGAGCCUCCAUGAUGGAUCCUAAUCAUUUCCUGAUGAUCACACUGAGCCGCUUUGAGCUCUUCCACAUCUUCAGCUCAGCAGACGGACGCAAGAGAUACAGCAGGGAGAACGCCAAUAAGGAUGUGGUCCAGCAGAACAACACCCUGAUAGAGGAGAUGCUUCACCUCAUCAUCAUGGUUGUGGGUGAGAGGUUUGUGGCAGGCAUUGGCCAGGUCCAUACCAGCGAGGAGAUCAAGAGGGAGAUCAUCCACCAGCUUUGCAUCAGACCAAUGGCCCACAGCGAGCUGGUCAAAGCACUACCUGAGAACGAGAAUAAAGAGACUGGCAUGGAGCGAGUUAUAGACAGUGUGGCUUCAUUCAAGAAGCCAGGUGUGACAGGCAGAGGACUGUAUGAGCUGAGACCAGAGUGUGCCAAACAGUUUAACCUCUACUUUAAUCAUUACUCGCGUGCCGACCAGUCAAAGGCUGAGGAGGCGCAGAGGAAACUGAAAAGGCAACAGGGAGAAGACACAGCCCUGCCUCCCCCGGUGCUGCCGCAGUUCUGUCCGCUGUUUGCCAGCCUGGUGAACAUCCUGCAGUGUGACGUGCUGCUCAGCAUGCUGGCCACCGUGCUGCAGUGGGCCGUGGAGCCCAGCGGGGGGCACUGGUCUGAGUCCAUGCUGCAGAGGGUGCUGCAUUUGAUAGGCAUGGCCUUGUUGGAGGAGCACCAGCAGCUGGAGAACAGCGAAGAGGAGGCCACCUUCAACUUCACACUCAAGAUCUCACGUCCCGGUGAGGCUCCGUCUAACUCUGCCAGUAUUCUGGCUCUGCUGGAGACGCUGCAGAACGCCCCUCACCUGGAGGUGCACAAGGACACCAUACGCUGGAUACUCAAGACGGUAGCCAGCAUUAAGACCAUGCGGGAGCGCACAGCAGCUACUCCUGUCGCUGAUCAUGGAGGACAGAGCCAAGAAGAGACGGUGCGUGACAAGGACAAGGCUGAGAGGAAGCGCAAGGCGGAGAUGGCUCGCCUGCGGAGGGAGAAGAUCAUGGCCCAGAUGUCAGAGAUGCAGAGACACUUCAUCAACGAGAACAAGGAGCUCUUUCAGCAGACCAGCCUGGACGAACUGGAGGCAUCCACAUCCACAUCAGUAGACCACAGUCCUACGUGUGCAGACGCGGCGCUGGUGUGUGUGGGUCCCCGGCGGUCACGUGCGUGUGAGCCUAAGCAGGUGGUGACGUGCAUCCUGUGCCAGGAGGAGCAGGAGAUCAGGUCCGACGGCAGUGCCAUGGUGCUGGCAGCCUUCGUCCAGAGGUCCACAGUCAUGUCCAAGAACCGACACACACCACUCCCAGACCCUGAAAAGCACGACCCCCUGUUCAUGCACCCUGAGCUGUCCAUUGGCACACACACUGGCAGCUGUGGACACAUCAUGCACGCUCACUGUUGGCAAAGGUACUUUGAGGCAGUGCAGGCCAAGGAACAGCGUAGGCAGCAGCGUCUCCGUGUGCACACCAGCUACGAUGUGGAGAAUGGAGAGUUCCUGUGCCCACUCUGCGAGUGCCUCAGCAACACCGUCAUCCCACUGCUGCCACUCAACAAGGCCACCAAGAGCUGUGAGCAGCCUGCCCUGUCCCCGUGGCUGAAGACGAUUGGUCAGCAGAUCAAGGCCCUUCAGUCUGCUCACAGGAAGGCCAAACCCACCAGUGCAGACUGUGUGGACACAGACAGCGAGCCUGACUACCCAGCCCCCGAGGGAUUUAGACUGGACCACACUCCAUUGAGUCCGUUCUCUGACAGCCUCAAGGGCAUGUUGACCACGUUUGGCACGGCCACCUAUAAGGUUGGGCUGAAGGUACACCCCAACGAACAGGACCCCAGAGUCCCCAUCCUCUGCUGGGGCAGCUGUGCUUACACCAUACAGUCUAUAGAGAGGCUGUUGGUGGAUGAAGAGAAGCCUCUAUUUGGCAGUUUACCCUGCAGACAGGAUGACUGUCUCAGCUCUUUGGUCAGGUUUGGCUCUGCUUGCUGGACGUCAGGUUGUCUCUCCACUGUGCAGACCCACUUCAUCAGACUUUUAGCAGCCCUGGUCCCAGAUCCCCUUGUGGAAAACUCUCCCAGCAUUCUGGAGGUCGACAUGUUCCACUUGCUGGUGAGUCUGGUGUUGGCCUAUCCAUCUGUGCACUGUCUGGACGUCUCAGGUGUGUCUGUGGAUGUGGCUCAGCAGCAUUUCCUGCAGCUGGUCACCGUAGCACACGUGGUCCAAAUCCUCCUCACCUCCGUGCCUGAAGAGACGACGAUGGAGCAGGAGAGUGGCGGAGCAGAGUGUGAGGAAGAGGAGGCGGUGUGUCGUCUCUACAACUCUCUCAGGACACACCUGGGCAGUGCCUUGUGUGAGGUGAGCUCAGGUUGGCAUCUGUGGCGGUGUGUGAAGGCUGGUAUCCUGCCCUACCUGAGGGCAACAGCGCUCUUCUUCCACCAUCUCAACGGGGUAGCAACACCCCCCGAACUGCAAGUUCUUGGGCCAGGCCAGUGGGAGGCACUAUGUGGAUACCUGUCUCUGCCUUGCAACCUCCUUCAGCUCUUCUACAGCCACCAAGACCUGAUGGAGCCCUUACUACAAGGGUGGUGCUCUAACCCGGCUGUGAAACAGUGCCUGCAAGGUGGCAAGACUCUCAUCAGUUUCCCCCGUGAGUCAAAUCAGCUCAUUGAGCUCCCUGAUGACUACAGUGCCCUUAUCAACCAGGCCUCUAGUUUCACGUGUCCUAAGUCUGGAGUGGAUAAGUCUCGUGCCCCCACUCUGUGUCUGGUGUGUGGGGCCAUGCUGUGCUCCCAGAGCUACUGCUGCCAGACGGAGCUGGAGGGGGAGAAGGAGGAGGUGGGAGCCUGCACAGCACACACCUUCACCUGUGGAGCGGGCGUCGGCAUCUUCCUCAGGGUACGCGAGAGCCAGGUGUUGUUCCUGGCUGGAAAGACUAAGGGCUGUUUCUACGCCCCGCCUUAUCUAGACGACUAUGGAGAGACAGACCAGGGACUCAGGAGAGGGAACCCUCUGCAUCUGUGUCACGAGCGCUACAGGAAGAUCCAGAAGCUGUGGAGGCAGCACAGCAUCACAGAGGAGAUCGGACACGCACAGGAGGCAAACCAGACGCUCGUCGGCAUCGACUGGCAACACCUGUGAUGAUGCACACACACACACACACACACACACACACACUCUUAUAUCACACACACACACUCUUAUAUCACACACACACUUAUAUUGUGAAUGAUAACACACUUUCAUGCACAGGCAUGGACAGAAAAUACACACACACACACACACACACACACACACACACACACACACACACACACACACACACACACACACACACACACACACACACACACACACACACACACACACACACACACACACACACACACAUUCAGAAGUGUCCCUUGUACACAUGGGGGCUCUCCACAAUAAGGGCUGAGGUUACUAUGGUAAUACCACCCCACCUCCCUCCCCUGCGCUAUCACAUGCAUGUAGUUCUUAUUUUUAUUUUUCUCGGAGCAGCCCCUACCAAUACCAGGCUGCCCAGCUUUAUAUUCCUCACCCACCCCCCUGUGUUUAUUAUAUGAGUUUAAUAUAUAACAUAAUCUAUUUAAAGAAUACACAAACUGACUCAAUGGAGUCGUGAGACGACGGGCCCUACACACACACACACACACACACACACACACACACACACACACACACACACACACCAGUGAGGAGACUGAAAGAGGGAGAGAAAGUGUGUGUGCGUUUGUGUGUGAGAGCAAGGGAGAGAGAGAAAGCUUGAGAGCCUAAUCAGGUGUGUGUGUGUGCGUUUGUGUGUGAGAGCAAGGGAGAGAGAGAAAGCGUGAGAGCCUAAUCAGGUGUGUGCGUGCGUGCGUGCGUGCGUGCGUGCGUGCGUGCGUGCGUAAAACGGAGAGAGCCCUGAGUCAUAUGGACAUGUCAUAUGAAUGAAUGAAUGUGAAUGUGGCGUUUAAUUUAAUCUUGAAAGCUAGUCUGUCAUUUCCAUGGAGUGCGCUUGGUCAUCCAGGCACUGCUCUGAUCUCAAAAACAUAUGCUGGUGUUUGUCCUUAUCAUACCCUUGAACAAGCACAAAUCACACGCACACACACACUCCUGAUUAGGUGCGGCAUCCAUUCUCCACCUGCCACUCACAAGCUCCACUUGUCUUGGGCCCCAUUCAUCUUUGGUCUUCCUUUGUUAUGGAUCUGAUCAUCUCUCUACUUCUCAUUGUCUCUCAUUGUCUCACUUUCUCCAUUUCUGUCUCUUUCUCUGACUGUCUGGAUUGUAAAUCGUUAUCUAUUUAUUUUUCUACCCAUCAGUCUGUCCUGAUCGCUGUCUGCUGGUCUGUGUUUCUGUUUCCCUUCAACUUUCGUUGGUGUCCUUGUCCUCAGUCGCCCCCUCUCAGAGUGUCUGGUGUCUGGGAGAGAGAAUCCGUUUUCUAGUCUACAGGAGGGGGCAUAUACACAUCCAUGUCACGAGUGCCUGUGUGCAUGAACUUUUCAACAAAAAAAUCCCUCCCCUUAAGAGUGACAUGUGGUGUGUGCUUUGAGGUUUUUUACGUGGUGCUGGAGUGCUGGGAAUCUGUUCAGAGCAAUUUCAAGGCCCAUUAUGGUUUAUGUCUGAUUUUUUAAAUUUUCCUCCUCCUUUUCCAUUUUGUAACAUGCUUAAAAGUGAGCCGACACGCUCACCUGAUGCAUUUGUGUCCCCACAUAUGAUUGAACAGGAGGCCCCGAAUAGGAUGUGAUGGUGUAAUCUCGCAGUGAGAGAAUGGAAAAUCUUUGAUUUGGAUGAUAAACAUAUAAAUGUGUUACUUUUUCAGUUUGUCAUUGCUGAUUGUUUCAUGUGGAUAUUGUGCAUUGUGUGAAUGUUUUUCUUUUGGUUGCAAAAACAUGCUGCUUUUUUUUUUUUUGCCCCCCCCCCCUAACAACGGCUCUUGCUCACUGGACAAUAGUUGCAUCACCGUUCUCAUUUUUUAUUUCCCUUGUUUUGCAGAAAUUAAAUAUCUGCAAAGUUUGACAUUUUUCUCAAGCACUUUGUCCCUCUACGUCAGUCUCUUGUAUUGCUUUCUAUUUUGGGUUGCUUUUGUUUCUCGUCUUUGAUUUUUGAGUGUGUGCGUGUUUUUUUCUUUUUUUUUUGUAGCAUUUACUCCUAAGCAGGAGGUAUAUAAUAAAUAUAUAUGGAUGUACGUAAUGUUUUUUCUCUACUACCAAAAACAUUGGUUAGAACCUUAUUUGCUGGUUUUUCCCCCUAACUUUCUCAGCAUUCUGUGAAAAACAAUAUUGCCUGACUGAGGCGAUUGUUUAUCAGACUUAAGCAACAUGACACACAUUUCUGCCCUUCAAGAUUCUACUUCAAAACGCUCCAGUGCUGGUUGGCAAGAAUCUGUGGGUCCCAGCCGGGCCCUACAGUGUGAAGACCCAACCCCUUUGGAAUCUUUUUCUCUCACUUACCCUUCUGUCGUGCGCUCUCUUUCACACACACACACACAUACAUAUACUCAGACGCAAGCAUAUUCAUACACACACUCACACACGGGCCAUCCAGCACAUUUUGGUUUCGUUUUUUUCUUUUGUUGUGUUGCUUUAGCUGAGCUUACAUCUCCCUACAACCAGCUUGACCCACAUGAGGCAGAUAAGGUGCUGAACGGCCCAAAGUGGCCCAAACUCGGUCUGGUUCAGGCCCAAACUCGGCCUAGUCUGGAGCCCCGAGUUCUGAGCGAGCGCCCCACAGGCAUGUCUAUGGACUCGCCUCUACAGUAGUGCAGAGGCUGCAACGCUAGUGUCAAACUGACUUGUUAAUAUGUGAAUUCUUGUAUAAAUGGGUAUAUUGUACUAUAUUGUAAAACAAUAAUGGAAUAAAUAAAACAUUUAAAAAUGGCA